GCCUGAGAAAGAGAGAGAAAGCAGGACAGCAGGUCUCUUGGUAUAGAGAGCGGAACUGGUACUGCAAACCAUGGUGCAGUCCAGGGCAUUGGUGAUAGCUCUGAUUCUGCUCCUUAGCACCACUCUCCCCGAAGUGCACUCAAAGUCCAUCUUUGAGAGAGACCGUCGUGACUGGUUGGUCAUCCCCGACGCAAUUGCAGCUUACAUCUAUGAAACUGUGAACAAGAUGUCCCCUAAAGUUGGCCAGUUCUUGGUGGAUGCUGCCCAGACUCCAGUAGUUGUUGUGACCAGGAACUUCCUCAUCAGAGAAACAACUAAACUCAGUAUACUGGCUGAACAGCUGAUGGAAAAAAUAAAGAACCUGUGGUACACAAGAGUUCUAGGCUACUAG